GACCCCUCCAAAAGAUGUACAGCAGACUCCUCGCCAUCCUGAGCCUCGGAGUGCUGGCUACUGCCCUGUCUUCCGACCCGUGCACGGUAGCACACUCUGCAGAUUCCGAUGACUCGCCGGCGGUGUACGCGGCAGUCUCUUCAUGUCCUUCUGGCCAGCCUAUCGUUUUCGCUCCGAACACGACAUACAACAUCUACACGCCCCUGGUGUUUAACAAUUCCGACCUUACUCUGAGCAUCCAAGGAAAUUUGAGUCUGCCUGAGAAUAUCACGCAGGUCCAGGCGGGAGUGAACGCUAGUGCGAGCGGGUUCUGGUUCUACUUCACCGGGAGCAGGGUAAAUGUCACUGGAAGUACUGACCCGUAUAACGGGUGGAUCGAGAGCCAUGGCCAGCAAUGGUGGGACGUUUCCAAUCAAGUGGCGCGACCCCACCUCUGGGGCUUUGCGGUAAAUGAUGGCUACAUGUACAACCUGAAGUUCCUACAGCCGAUCGCAUGGACCGUUAGUCUCUCAGGCGCGAACAACGUCUACGCAGGUAACACCCUCAUCGAUGCCCGCUCAACUGGCGGUUUCCCAUUCAACACGGACGGAUUCGACGCUACCGGCUCCAACCUGCUCAUCGAAGACUCGGUUAUAUACAACGGUGACGACGCCUUCGCCGUUGGGCAGAACUCUGUCGGGUCGACCAAUAUCACCUUUCGCCGCGCGUUCGUCGGCUUCCAGUCGCAUGGAUGCUCCAUUGGCUCGCUAGGCAAAGACCCGACCAAACCGGCGAAUGUCUCGGAUAUACUCGUGGAGGAUGUUUUCCUGGAGAACACCCUCUACGGUGCGAGAUUCAAGAGCUGGAUGGGUGGGACCGGCUUUGCCAAGAAUGUAACGUACAGGAAUAUCGGAGUGAGGAACGUCACUUUCCCGCUGUACCUGACCCAGUCCUAUGUCGACCAAAACUCCCCCGGCGCACCCCGCGUCAACAACGCCUCGGUGAUCAUGCAAAACUUCACUUACGAAAACUUCUUCGGCGACAUUAAUACGUUCCACCCGGGUGAUGGGAGUUGCGUUACAGAUCCUUGCUGGUACUAUGAACCGGGUGCCGACGGAACUCAGGCAGCAAUCCUGCGGUGCAAUGCGGGUGCUUGCCAGGACUUCACCCUCAAGAACAUUAAUCUGAGGCCACAGAGCGGCGUCCCUGCCACAAUUCUUUGCAAUAAUCUUCCGAUUGACUCGCCGGAUCUAGGUAUUGUAUGUCAGAAUGGAACGUUCGUGGAGACCUGAUAGCUACGUGUGUGAGUCUACGGAUGUUUCCGGAGCUGUGUCUUUUCAGGCUAUCAGAGAAGAUGGAUAGUCACUGCCUC